AACGCAACGGUCUCGUUGAUCGAGUAUCGACUUUUGCUUUUGCGCAUAUAUCUACUUGGUCUACUUUGUCUCUGACUUCCAUACCUAUCCAGAACUCCGCAAGAACAAGAAUGGUUGUCUCACUAUAACCCCCUCUUUCUCUCUCUCUCUCUCUCUCUCUAUCUCUCUCUCUCUUCACCCUCCUCUCUUCACCCUCCUCUCUUUACCCUUUCUCUCAAAAUAAAAAUUCAGAAGACGUGCGCGAUUUCCUUUCCGGCUUUCAAUGCAGGUGAAUUGAACAUCGAGAAAUCAUACACUGUGAUGUGGAGAUAAUACAAUUUUGUGAUAUACGGAAGCAAGAGGGUGAUUGUGAUAUGUGAAUGUAACAGGUAAAUCGUAAGUUUACAUCAGAGACAACAUUGUGUACACACCUACAUACAUUGUAUACCUACUCGCAAAUAAGAAAUGGCAGAGAAUCUCGGCAAACGGCCCUCCAAGGGAAUCUUGAAAACAUCCAGCAGUUUUGACAACCAAGAGACCCCAUCAAGGGCAACAAAAGAAACUAAAUGGGACGAGAUGAAUAUUAUAGCAACGUUACAUCCAGCAGACAAAGAUUAUGGACACAUGAAAAUUGAAGAGCCCAAAACUCCCUACAAUUUUGAAGGUGCUAAGAACGAUGACCAUUUAGAUUCUUCAGCUGUAGCAUCAAAACUGGAAAAAAAUAUUAAGCCAAAAAUAUUUGAAGAAUCAAGUGAAGAAGAAGAAGACGAAGAGACACCAGAAGAGAAAGAGAGGAGAAAAGCUUUUGAGACCAAAAGAAAAGGUCACUACCGAGAAUGGGAAGCUGUUCAACUUGCACGCAAAAAGCUAUUAGAAGAAGAAGAAGAUGAGGAAGAAGAGACAAACAAUGAAAGGGAUGAAGAAGAUGAAGAGACAGAAAAGGAGGAAGAUAAAGAUGAUGUAGAAAAAUCAGAAGAUAAUCAGAGAGAAAGUGAUAAAAAAACUGCAAACAAGUGCGUGCCAUUAAGUGAAAAUGACACUGAAUCAGGAUGAGUGCUAUGGCAGUAAUCAUGCUAUAUCACUUGUCAUGCAUAAAUCGUCCGUUGAGAUUGAUAUUUUUUGAAAGAAAUCUUAUUGAUUGAUAUUUUUUGAAAAUAUCUUAUUUUUGUGAUUUUUUCUGCUUUUUUAUCUAUAUACUAUGUUCCUCAAAAUUUUUUACAGACCCUGAAAAAAAUUGUAUAUAAUUAUAUGAUUUUUAUAAUCCAAUUUUGUUAAGACAAUUAACAGAUUAGGCAUAUAAUCGAAUUAAAUAUUGUAAAAAUGUAACUGAAUCUAAAAAUCAUACACUACUGCUAGAAAGUUUAGAUUAUUUGCCAAAGUGUGCCAAAAACAAUUUUGUUUUUUCCUUUUUUUAUGUUAAUGUUUUUUUUUGCAUAGUAAUUAUUUAAUAAUUGAUGUAAUCUAAUCAUCUAACUCUUUGCCAAAAUUUAGUAACAAAUUGGAACUAAGUUUUUUAACACAUAAAAAUAAUAAUAAAAAAAGAUGUUUAGUUAGAAGCUAUCUAAUGGUAGUGUACUUAACUAUGUACAAUUAUUCAAUGUAUAUGUUUUACUGUAAACUAUUAUAUUUAUAUAAUUAUAUAUACAGAAUGAUUCAUGAUAUAUGAUUAUAUAGAGUCAAUAUAAUUAUGUAUACACUUUUUCCCAGGGAGCUAGCUGUAGAACAUUACGUUUACGGCUUGUAACAUAAAAUUGAAAUCAUAUUAUUCUUUAUUAUUAUUAAUUUCUGUAUUGCUUACAAUUCAUUGUUAGGUUACAAGAAAAGUAACAUUGCCAACACGGAUCUAUACUCCGAUAAACACGUUGAAUAUUUGUAUGAUAAACAGUCUUUGUAGAAAAUUCAUCCAUUAAAAGUAAGGGUAAUGCGCCCAUUUUGGUAUCUUCCAACAAAACAACAAAUAACACCAAAUCAACUCCAUUUUAGACAAGCAGCUUUCAAAAUUUUACAGUAUUUGCGCCAAAACAAUUUUGAAAUAACGAAAACAUACUGUAAAAUAUUAUUGCUUUUGUUGUGAUUAAUAAUAUAUUUUUGCGUUGUAAAUAAUAAGAUUGCAGAACCCCAUUAGAUAUAUUUACUAUACUAAGUAAAAAAAAUAGGCAAUGCUGUCUCGGUAUUUAAAAAAAAUAAAAAUAUAAUAUAAAGAUAUAGUAAUAUCUUUGUCAUAAAUUGAUGAAUUUUGUAAAACAUUAACUCUUACUUUUUCUUUCGCUAAAAUGAAAACUUGUAUUGUGAGAUUACUAUUAAUUCGAUAUUUUCUCCAACUUCAUAUAUAUAUACACACAUAUAUUUAUGUUAAAUAACCACUGAUUAGGAUAUUUAUUAUGUUUUGACAGAAAAACUAACAAUGUCAAGUAUCUAAAACCGACUGGAGCCAGUCGCAAAAAUGGUUGUUGUGCAUGUGUAAAGAAGAAAUUCAAGAAACAAUAUUAAAAAAUUAAUGUACUAUUUGAUUAUGUGAAAGUUUUGAAAAUCAAAAAUGUAUUUCAAAAUAGACAAAAAUUAUUUAAAUAAAUAAUACGUUUCAAUUAUUAUCUUACUCAGAGGCGUCUUUAGGAUUCAUGGGGCCCUAGGCCCAGAUCGUAUCGGGGCCCCUCAAAAUUUCAUCGAAAUAUUACAUUCAAAUGCCUGAUUUAGAAAAAUAUAAUACGUAACGAGUAAGUAAAAAUAAAUUUAUAAUAAUUGAACUGCCUUUUGUAAAGUUAAAUAUCCCAGGCAAGAAUAGUAUGUAUAGGCUAUGAAUAUAGAAUCUGAUGUAUUAAAUUUUAUUUCAUUUGAAGAGUUAAUCUCAGAUUUUGCAACAAAAAAAGGAAGAAAAAAAUGUAGUUUUUUUUUUAAUAAAUCAAUUAUUAAAUUC